GGCCGACCGGGACUCACUCCGCACCACGUGACCAGGCCGGGUCCUUUUACGGCCUGAGCUCGUUUGCGACCGCCGGCUGUUCGCUUUACGGCAGUGCCCGACUACUCGCGGUGACAGACGGCUCAUACCCGGGAGACCCCAUCGUGUCAGACCGAGAGAAAAUGCCCUCCUUUAAGUUAACGACACAAGCGUACUGCAAAAUGACGCUCCACAGUGCCAAGCACCCGGCCUGCGCGGUGAACGGCAUCUUGGUGGCAGAAAGACAAAAGCGCAAAGAAAGUCACUCUCAAGUCCUGUUUGUGGACUGUGUCCCACUCUUCCAUGGUGCUAUAGCUCUGUCCCCAGUGCUGGAGGUAGCACUAACCCUGAUUGACACUUGGUGUAAAGAAAACAGUUAUAUAAUCGCUGGAUACUAUCAAGCCAAUGAGCGCCUGAAGGACAACAGUCCCAACCAGGUCGCUGAGAGAAUCGCAUCCCGGAUUGCAGAGGGAUAUAGUGACGCAGCUCUAAUAAUGGUGGACAACUCUAAGUUCUCAGUGGAUUGUGUAAUUCCUUCAAUUCAUGUGUACGAGCACCAUGACAAUAAGUGGAAAGGCAAAGAUCCGCACGAGGACGUCUUUGAAGACUGGCCAGAAGCUCAGAGGAUUUCUGCUUCUCUCUUAGACAGCCGAUCUUAUGAGACCCUUGUGGAUUUUGACAGCCACCUUGAUGACCUCCGAAAUGACUGGGCCAACUCUGAAAUCAAUAAAUCCAUUAUCCAUCUAUGCUAAGGCUACAUGGAUCUCUGCGGCGCCCAAGCUAUGCAAGAUGACCUCUGUAUGUGGUAACGGUUAAGUAAGGAACAUUUUGCGCUGGAUGCAGUCUUGGCAAGGUGUUCGGGGACGUGCUAGCUAGCUUCCAUACAGUUGGAGCAUCCUUUCGCUGGAACUCACCCGUGUACUGCCUCUCCGUGUCCUACAGAAUGGGGAACAGCCUGAAGAAUUCUGCAGAGGUUGCUGGGCAGAUUUAUCCGUUUUUGUAUAAUUGUCAGAGGAUAAUUUCUAAUGACAUCUCGAGUUGUUUUAUUUUAUUUUUUACCAGAUGGCAUCUAAACAAAGUUGUAUGAACAGAUGACUUAAUAUAAUCUUUAAUAGGUGAUGUUGCAGUGUAAUUUUUAUCUGUUUGUAAAUGAGAAUUUUAAGAAUAAUUAAUUGUAUGUCUUUGGCCAGGCUGGAACUAAUGAGGUUGUAGUAUUUGAUUGUUCUGGCCACUACACUUAAAAUCGGAAUCUUCUUCCAGUUUUUUUCUUUUGAGAUUUUACACGACGUGGCUACAUCCCAAGGACAAAACACCUAGAAGUGGCGGCUGUGUUUUUGUUGCUGCCUACAAGUAGAUAUUGUUGUAUACUAGAUAUCAUUUAUUAUUAUUUUUUUUUUUUCAUUCUAUGAACCGGAUGUCGCCGUUUUUGCAUGUAUUUGGAUAGAAGACGCGGCACUCGGUACAGUGCAUCGCUCAACCGCCUUCUCCAGUGUGUUUUCUUGCUGUCAUUAUUUUCACUUCUUUGCUGCGUAAGGCUUGGAGAGGUACAUUGUCUUACACUCACAUCAGGCCGUUUUUCUUUUUGUCCUAGAAAUAAAAACUAAACCUUCGCUAUUUCCCUCCUCUGCGAGGAUAAUAUGUGGUGGUCUUCAUUGUAAAA